AUGGACGCCAUCGGACCGAUGCUCCCUGGCAGCCCGGACAUGCCGACGACUGUCGCUCAGAAUCGAUGGGAUCAACUUUGGACGGUAGCUUUUACCAUUUUGGUGAUCUUUGCUAUCCAGGGAUUUCUGUCGAUGCUUCGGGGUCAGCCGCGCCAGAGAGAUGAACCCGGCUCCGUUGACCAGAGCUCCAAGAGCGAGCCCACACCUACUCCGCCUACACCCUCCGAAGCGCCCCAGCUGCCUGCACAGACCACUGCAACAGUGGACAAGACGACCAUUGUGGUGUCGCCCAGCUCGGGCACAGUCACUGGCGAUGGAUCUGAUACACAGGCCUCCGCAGACAGUCAACCUGCUACUGGAACGACUGCACCGGCCAAGCCCAAGGCAGAUGCGACUGGAACAGUUGGCAAAGCCGGCGGAGACGCUUCGGUUACACAGCCACCCUCCAAGGAUACAGCGAUUCCUAAGGACGGUCAACCCUCGACUACCUCGGUGCCUAAGUCUCUGGGCCCACCUGGCUCAGGUGCUGCUGGAGCUCCACCACCGAAGUCGACAGGUCCGCAGCCCAUCACGGCACAGAAGCUUCUGGAUGACAUGCACGCAGUACAUGGGGAUGUUCGCCUUUCCCAAGGCGACAUCAAACUACUGCUGAGCACCCUUGCCGAGGUCAAAAGUUCCGUGGCAGAGCUCAGUGAGAUCUCUAAACGCGUGGCAGCCAUCGAGAAGCUCAUUGGGGUCUUUGCGGGGAAGAUGGGCCCAAUGGGGGCCAACGUCGACACGACUCAGAAGGCAGUCGACCAAGGAUUCAAGGAGAACGUUCGGCUCCUCAGCACGAUCUCGGCCAAUGUGAGAGGCCACCGCGAAGAUGCCCAGCAGGAGGCUAAGGACUUCCAUAGCGAGCAGGGCCAAUGGCUGUCGGCCACGGAAGCCAAGCUGGUUGACGGUAUCAAGGAGGUGUUGAAGAAGAUCACCAAUACGGACUUCAACUCCUCCCAAGUUUACAACCAGAAACUGGAGGGGAUCGAACCCGAGAUCCUCGCGGCCCUGAACUUCACCCAGAACGAGGUCGCCGAGCUCAAGACCACGCUUGGCCAGACUAGCGAGACAGUUCACAGUAUUAAGGAGAUGUGUGAGAGGCCAGUUGUGUCGUCACACCCUCCAUCGUACAGAGCCCCGGUUUUCCAGGGACAUCAUGAUAUCCCGCCGGCGCCUCCCUACGACGCACAUGUUCGUCCACGAGUGAACUUACAGCAAGCCUUGCCGUUGGCAUCGCCACAUGGCAUCACGGUGAGCCCGGAUGGAGGAAGCCUCAACAUCCCGCUCCGGUGA